AUGGAAAGGGAGCAGCGAAGACGAAGAACACUGCUGGUGGCAGCAAGAAGACCACAGCACCGGCACCAGAUGGGUGGAGUACAGUAUGCCAGGGGACAUGGUACCAUUGUCAUCCCACCAACACAUCCACGUCCAAAUGAAGGACGAUAUAGAUUACCAGAUGGGUCGCAGAUGGAUACUCAACCAGAUCUGACUAUGAAAGACACUAUAUGUAAGACCUGGGUCAGAAUAGGUCUUAGGCAUGCUAGGAGCAAGCUGGAGCUUGAAGGGAGCUACAGUAACCGCAACCAAGGACUGGGAAUGACCUACAAGUAG